ACAGACAAUGCACAGUCUGUGCACAGUACAGUGCAACAAUCACAAACUCACAGUCACAGCAACUUGUAUCACAGACAAGCUCACACACAGGCAGUUCGCCAUCACAAGCAGGCAUAUUUACAGUCAAAUACAAAUCUGCAUACAUUCAUGAUUUCCAAUCACAUGCAAACACAAGAACUUGCAGCCCACAAUUACAAUCACACAACUAACACCAGCAUGGUUCGCACAUCCAUUCGUACCCACACAACACAAUCACCCCACCAGAGACACAAUCACAAACAUAAGUGUUUACAACCACACAUUCAACACACUCUGCCUGACCUUACUAUCCCCACGCGUUCGCACAGCCAAGCUCAUCCUGGCGCAGGUGGGAUAAAAUCUGGGCCCCAGAAAGACAGCCCCCAUUCCUUUCUCUGCCCCAGGAAUGCUGGUCUUGGGGCUCCUGCUGGCUACUCCCAGCUGCCUUGGCCACCAUGACGACCUGGCCGAGUGCUUCCAGGACCCUGAGUACGAGUCCAUCGUUGUCACAGCCCAGGAGGGCCUCCACACCGCCCCGCUGCCCCGGCGUGUGGUGGUGGUGGGAGCUGGCAUGUCCGGCCUGGUGGCAGCCAAGGCCCUGCAAGACGCUGGCCACCAGGUUUCCGUCUUGGAAGCCAGCAACCGCAUUGGGGGUCGAGUGGUCACAAUCAGGAACAAGGAGGAGGGCUGGUACCACGAACUGGGGCCCAUGCGAAUCCCAAAGUCCCACAGGCUGGUUCACACCUAUGUCAAGAAGCUGGGCCUGACGCUGAACACAUUCAUCCAUUACAAUGACAACGCCUGGUACCUCAUCAAUGGACAACGCUACCGCAUGAGAGAGGUCAAGGCCAACCCAGAGAUCCUGGGCUACUCCAUGAACCCCACAGAGAAGGGCAAGAAUGCUGAGAAUCUCUCCCACCAGCCCACUACCAGCGUGCCUCCUGCCUCACCCCUCCCAGGGAUGAAGAGCAGGGUGAGGCCUGAAGUCACCACGCAAAUGAAUCAAAGUCUGAAAAAUUUCAACUGCAGCCACCUGAUGUCCUCUUCUAACUCCACCAAGCUGCCGGAGUUUGUCCCCUGCCUACCAGGACCUCUCUUCCCACUGCCACGCCUUUGCCUCCCUGGAGUCCAGGCCCACCCCUGGCCAGACCCAGGCCCCGCUAAAACCCCUUCCUACACACUGGGCCCUCCAUCUGGCGUUUCUACCUCCCCACAGGCUUACCUGGUGAAAGAAGGGAUGCUGAACCCGGGAGCAGCCAGGAUGAUCAGGGAUAUGAUGAAUGAGGAUGUUGAAUUCAAGUCAUUCCUAGAGUCCGGGAAAUCUGACAUCAUCUUCUCCAAAAGUGAUGACUUUUCCGAGAUCACAGGUGGCUUCGACCAGCUCCCCGAAGCCCUGAGUGCCAGCUUGAAGCCUGGCACCAUCCAUCUGGGCUCCAGGGUGGAGCUGGUAGUGAGGGAUGGGCCUGAGGUCCACGUUUCCUACCGGGUGGGCAAGUCCAACUCUGCACUGCACAACCUCACGGCGGAUUUUGUCAUCAUCUCCGCCUCCGCCAGCGCCACAAGCCUCAUCACCUUUAGGCCACCACUCUCGCUAGACAAGGUGGACGCGCUGCGCUCGGUGCAUUACGUCAGCGCUACCAAGGUGGUCCUGGCCUGUAAGGAGCCCUUCUGGGAGCGGGAUGGCAUCCACGGCGGGGUCUCCAUCACCGACGGGCCGUCGCGCUACAUCUACUACCCCAGCCACAGCCUUCCCAGCGGCAAGGGUGUCCUGCUGGCCUCCUACACGCUGGGCGACGAUUCCCUCUUCUUCGCGUCCAUGAAGCAGGACCAGGUGGUGGAUAUCGUCCUGGAGGACCUGGCGGCGGUGCACCAGAUGCCCAGGGAGGCGCUGCGGCACCUAUGCCCCUCCUCUGUGCUCAAGCGCUGGUCUCUGGAUCCCCUCGUCAGGGGCGCCUUCGCUGUGUUCACUCCCUACCAAUCUAAGGCCUAUGUGCCGCGGCUCUCCCAGCCAGAGGGCCGCAUCCACUUUGCUGGCGAGCACACCUGCCUGCCCCCUGGCUGGAUCGACACUGCCAUCCAGUCCGGCCUCCGGGCAGCCAGGAACAUCCAGGCUGCCGUGGACCAGGAGGCCAGAGGAGGCAGGCCUUUGCCAACACCCAGAACAGUUUCUGACUUGGAAAGAAGGCCCUGAGGGAACCUGGCAGGUGGGAGGGCGGGGGGAGGCUCAGGAGACAGGUCAUCAUUAGUCUGCCUGGCCCUCAAGCAGGUCCCCCAAAAUGGCAGAUAAUGAGCCCAGCUGGCGAGUCAGCAAGAAAAUCAU